CAAUGGGAGGCGAGGUAGUGGGAAGUUGACAACAGGCCGCCAAGUAAAUAAGAAGUGCCGAUCACUCUAGUGCUCCGUAGUUGACGGACGAAAUUAAGUAGACUUUUGCGCGUGCAGUGUGCCGAGGGUAGUUUUCUUGUCACCUCCAACCACAAACUCACCAAUCCAGCACCAUGUCGGACCGCAAGGCAGUUGUUAAGAAUGCUGAUAUGUCAGAGGAGAUGCAACAAGAUGCAGUUGACUGUGCUACCCAGGCACUGGAAAAAUACAACAUUGAGAAAGACAUAGCUGCUUUUAUCAAGAAAGAAUUCGACAAGAAGUACAACCCUACCUGGCAUUGUAUUGUUGGACGCAACUUUGGAAGCUAUGUUACCCAUGAGACAAGGCACUUCAUCUACUUUUACCUUGGUCAGGUUGCCAUCCUUCUUUUUAAGAGCGGUUAAACUUAUCUUUACCCUUAUCCCUUUUAAUUUCCUGAUGUGAAAUAUGCAAAUUCCAACUUUUGUGCUCAUUCUUAACUAUAAAUUCUGUUAAUUUGGUAGCUAAAAAUUACUAGUGGAGGCACACUUGGAUGAAUUUACAGCUAGCAUCAUUAGUUUCCUGUUUCACAAAGCAAAUUUCUUGCCUCAUGUUUUGAAACCAAUAACUUGAUUCUCAUUAGUUCCCAGUUUAGUUCCCAGUGAAGGAAGAAAAUUUUCUUCAUCUUUAAGAUAUGCUUCUAUCUUUACCAUGCCAUACAUGACUGUUUCCCUCUAGGUUUGUAUUAACUAAAAUUUUAGGCCUCACAUUUUACUGAUGUUCUAACUUCCUUAAAAUUUGAGGUGGAUUUAAUUUUAUUAAAUGUUAACUGUUGGUACAAAAUUAUUGGGUUACAGCUUACAAAUCUCAAAAUUAGUUUUAAGUUCUUUGUUUUAGUUAAACAGCAAUUUUGUUGUUUGUUUCUAACUGUUUAAGAUGCAGCCCGAUCUCUUAGAUGAUGGGACAUCUGCCAAUUUCUAUUUUUCUUUCCCUCCCCCUUUUUUUUUACGCAGAACAAGCUUUGUUUUGUAAGUUCUAUUUUGUUGUAUGAUGUGUUACUAGCAUGUACAAAUUGUUGUGACAAAUGCUCUCAGUAUUUGGAGUGUAUUGGUGGUUUAUGGUAGGGAAGAAACAGUACAUUUAGGAUGCCAGGCAAGGUUUAAACUGUAAAAUUAUAAAUUGGUCAAUGACAUACUUUAUUGGUACAAAUGAGGAGUGGGUUAUUUAUUUACAUUCAUUGAUUUCAAUGUCAACAGCUUUCCCAUGGUACUUAAAUUAAGUUUGGUGUCCUAUUUCUGUACAGCAUUUUCCUUUGCCUUUUAAAUUAAACAUGUGCUAUUUUUCAUUUGAAAUGGACGUUGUUAUGUUUUUGUAUAAAUGUGAAAAAGGAUAAAAAGUAUUAUUUAAACUUU